AUGAGCAAGACCAUGGCUCCGAGCCAACUCGAGGAUGCCACGCAUCAUGACGGCAGCCAGGGGCGGUCUCGAAUCCCCGGCUGUUCCAAGCCCAAGGGCCCCAAGGCAUGGUCGAUGACCAGGUCGAUGAUUGCGGCCUUUAACUCGAUGCGAGGUUCUGGAAACAUUGCAGAUUCGAACUUGAACGGCCCGGACCAAGAUGAAGCAGUCGUCUGGACCGAGCAAUACGAAGUCUCUGAUGGCGAGGGAGAACCGGAAGAUGGCCGCAUCUCCCCUUGUACCUUCAGACUCUGGGCCACUGAAGUCUCUGAUGGCCAGAGGCGUGCCGAAGAGGCCAACGUGAACCCUCGGCCCUAUGUUCAUGCUCAGUCUGCGCGCUCCACUAGCCCGGGUAGUGAGGGUGAAGAGGCUGAGGACUUUUGCCCUCCUCUCGAUCCGUGGGCCGCGUUUAGGAUAGCUCUCUGGCAAUACCAAGUCGAGGUCACUAAUGGCCGGAGAGAAUGUCCUGGCCGACGACAAUCAGGCGCAGAGGGACAAGAGCUUGAUAGCGAUGACGACGAUCUGCUCGACGGCCCUGGCCAAGUCGAGGCCAUCCGCGCCGCACUCGCGAGACACGACGCUCCGACUCAUUUCGAUGGCGUGCCCACCGAUGCCAUCGACGAGGAGCUCCGUCUGCGCUACCAGAGAGCCAAAGACGCUACAUACUCGGUGACGCGCGCCGUCCAGGAGAAGUGGGCGGCGCAGGAGCGCAUCGCCCUGCGCAGCGCGCAGGUCCAGUCCGUGGCCACGGCCAUUGGCGUCAUCCAGCAGCAGCAGGCGCAGCAGCAGGCGCGGCAACGCGAGAGGCGUCAGCGAAGGCGCCGCCGCGAGGAAAUCUACCGCCAUGUCGAGGAGCAUCUCCGCGACGUGGCCGCCAAGGCUGACGAGGCAGAGUACCACGCCAGCAGACACUGGGCCGAGCUCGACCACUUGCUUGCCAUGGAAGAUCAUGUGUGCGCCACGCUGCAACAGAUGGCCCUCACGGUUGGCCUCGACGACGCCGUUGACCCGGACGAGAUUGAGGCGCGGGUGGUGGAGAUGGGCCAGCAGGCGGAAGCAGACGCUGUCGCCGACAUGUCUGGCGACGAGGAAGACUGGAUGUAA